CGAGACUCGAACGGAUUGUUCCGCGGCUCUCGCGCUUCCAGGGGUUCCGUGUGGAGCCCAGCGGCUUCCCCGCGAGCUUUCUGCCCUCGCCUCUGCCCCACCGGAGCGCCGCUCUGCCUCCAGGUGCCCGAGUUUCCAUUUCUGAGAGGAUGACAGAGGAACUAGAUCUCUUGGGACAAGACUCUGAUGGAGGCAGUGAGGAAGUGGUCCUCACUCCAGCAGAGCUGGUUGAAAGGCUGGAGCAGGCCUGGAUGAAUGAAAAGUUUGCCCCUGAGCUGCUGGAGAGCAAGCCUGAGAUUGUGGACUGUGUUGUGGAACAGCUAGAGCACAUGGAAGAAAAUCUCAGGAGAGUCAAGAAGGAGGAUCUGAAGGUCAGUAUCCACCGGAUGGAGCUGGAGAGGCUCCGCUACGUCCUGAGCAGCUACCUGCGGUGCCGACUGGCCAAGAUAGAGAAGUUUUUCCCUCAUGUCCUCGAGAAAGAGAAAACACGCUCUGAGGGAGAACCUUCCAGCCUUUCUCCAGAAGAGUUUGCCUUCGCCAAAGAGUACAUGGCCAACACCGAGAGCUACCUUAGAAACGUUGCCUUAAAGCACAUGCCUCCUAACUUACAGAAGGUGGACCUCCUGAAGGCAGUUCCCAAACCAGAUCUCGACUCAUACGUGUUUCUGAGAGUGAGAGAGCGACAAGAGAACAUCCUGGUGGAGCCAGAGUCGGACGAGCAGAGGGACUAUGUGAUCGACCUGGAGGAGGGCUCCCAGCACUUGAUCCGCUACAGAACCAUCGCACCUCUGGUUGCUUCCGGAGCGGUACAGCUGAUUUAAAAAUGAACAAGGAUGAUGAUGCAGAGCCUUGGGGGGAAAUACUUGAAACCCUCUUGUGCCUGGGGACAGUGAUGAGGUGGCUCUCCUGGUGUGGCUUAUGUGGCUUACAUGGACAUUGAAGAGGAGCUGGAGACCGAUGUCUGAUCCUGCCCUGUCCCCCUUUCUGCCAUUUCAGCCAGUGUCAGCAGAGGGGGCUGUUGCUCUCUGCUUGUUGUGCUGGGUGGGCAAAUAAAUAGACUCUCACUGUG